CACACAAAGUGAAAUUUGAAGUUUGUGAAGUUGUAGAGAGAGAGAGAGAGAGAGAGGAAAAAAAUGGAGUCUGGUCGUCUUUAUUUUGAUACUACUUCUGUUUGUCGUGGGAACAACAGCAUGAAUAUGUUGUACCUUGGGAAUGCUGAUCUCAGUUUUCGAGGAAGAUCAAUGAUGAGCAUGGAAGAAGGCUCAAAGAGGAGACCUUUCUUUAGCUCGCCAGAUGAACUGUAUGAUGAGGAGUAUUAUGAGGAGCAGUCGCCGGAGAAGAAGCGCCGUCUCACUUCCGAGCAGGUACAUCUGUUGGAGAAGAGCUUUGAGGAAGAGAACAAAUUGGAGCCAGAGAGAAAGACCCAAUUGGCCAAGAAGCUAGGGUUGCAACCUAGGCAGGUGGCAGUUUGGUUUCAGAACCGUAGGGCUAGGUGGAAGACCAAACAACUUGAAAGAGACUAUGAUGUUCUUAAGUCUUCCUAUGAUUCCCUACUUUCAACAUAUGAUUCCAUUGUUAAGGAGAAUGAGAAACUCAAAUCUGAGGUGGUAUCCUUAAAUGAGAAGCUUCAAGUUCAAGCUAAAGAGAUGCUAGGAGAACCUUUGUUAGACAAGGAAGCUAAUCCACUACCGAUCGAAAUAGCACAAAUUUUCAGCAUCAAGGUGGAUGACCACAUGAGUGCUGGAAGUGUUGGAAGUGCAGUGGUGGACGAGGGUAGUCCCCAUGUCGUUGUUGACAGUGUUGAUUCUUACUUUCCAGCUGACAACUAUGGUGGAUGUGUGGCUCCAAUUGAAAGAGUUCAAUCAGAGGAGGAUGAUGGGAGUGAUGAUGGGAGAAGUUACUUUAAUGUGUUUGUUGCAUCUGAAACUGAGCAGCAAAACCAUGGAGAGGGGGAGGCAUUGAAUUGGUGGGAAAUAUGUAUUAUGUUGCAUAACUCAACAGUGGUUUCUUACUUAGGUUACUUAAGAAAGAGCAAGAACAUUGUAUAAUUAUAUAUGCAUCAUGUAAUUUGGGGGCUUCGGGCGCUAGGUGUUGGAAUGUACUGAAGCCAAGCUUAGUAAAUAAAAAGUCCCAACAAUUUGGGCAAUGGUGUCCUGUGUUGUAUUUCCAAAUUUAUAAUAAACUAGUGAAAUUAAAACCUAUAGAAACUC